UCCCUCCCAUCAAUAAUUCAUAUCUUAUCCCAUCUCUCAUCAGUGCUGCUAUACUCAUUUCAUUUCUAGCUUGCUCAAUAAAUUCAAUAACUCAGAUCAUAUCUGAUAUUACCCAAACCCAAUUUACUAACUCCAGCUCUUCUUCAACCUAAGUUUCAGAAACACUUUAGGGAAUUGAAGUUCAAUAUAAUGGCGACAAUAUUGAUGACUAUAGAUGAUGUAACCACUCUAAUCGGAAUGCUAGAGAAAGACCUUGUGGAGCCCAGACUAGUUUCGAUUUUUGAUGCCGGAGGAUUGAAGGUGGCGCUGCUUGAAACGAUUGAGUUGCUGUCUGCAAAGCUCUACUUUCUGCAAGCCUUUUUGGAGGAACGUAAGACCAAAAUGAAUGACGGGGACACCUGUGAUAAGAUUCUUCUGGAUGAAUCAUCGGAAUAUAGAUUUGGUAGAACAUAUUACAAAACUGAAAUAGAAAAUAAACUGAGACGAGUAUAUUUGGCAGCAAACCAGGAAGGGUAUGUAUUUGAGGCUAGUGAAAAACUUCAUCAGACCUUGAAAUAUGUGGUAAGCGAUAUUGAGUGUGUUGAAGGAUGGAUCCUAGCGGACACAAAAAGAACUGUUUUAGAGCCUGAGAAAGUGAACAUUACUGUUUGGGAUACCUACCAAAAUGCUUUAGUGCCUGAGAAUGAAGUAAUUAUAGGAUUGAAGAGUGAUAUAGAGAAGAUAAUUAACAGGCUAUGUUAUUCACACUUGAUGAGACCAGUUUUCACCAUUUUGAGGAAUAGUAACAUUGUCAAGUUUCGGAGAUAUGUUGAAAACCUAGUGCUGAAACUACAAGUUAUCCCACUCGUUGGGGAAGGAGGCAUUGGAAAAACUACAUUAGCCAAAAAAGUCUAUGCACAUCCCAUUACUAUUGCAAGCUUUCACAUUCGAGCAUGGGUAGUUGUGUCUCAGGUUCUAAACCUCAAAGAGAUGCUCAUUGGUCUAUUACGUUGUAUUUCACCAAUAACAAGUGAAAUCUACAACCUAGACGAUGCUCAAAUAGCUGAGCAAUUAAGCAGAAGUUUGAUGGGCAAGAAGUAUGUAAUUUUAUUAGAUGAUAUAUGGACCACUGCGGCUUGGGAUGCAAUCCAACGAUGCUUUCCAAAUAAUUAUAAUGGAAGCCGAAUCUUAGUAACUACUCGGUUCAAAGAGGUGGCUGAAUACUUAAGUGCAAAUCCCUACCAUGUGCAUCAUCUAACUCUAGAGGAUUGUUUGGAAUUAUUUUCAAGAAAGGUGUUCGGGCGAAGACAUUCUAUUACCAGGGGAUAUCGGUUACUUGGGAAACGCAUUGUUAGUGGUUGCGGUGGAUUACCGCUAGCAGUUGUUCUGAUUUCCGGACUUUUGGCUACAAUAAAGUCUCUAGUAAUAUGGAGAUAUGUUGCAGAAACUUUGGAUGGAGUUGAUACAAAUGAUAAUAACAACAGAAUUUCAAAAAUUCUUUUGUUGAGCUACAACUUCUUACCUCGUCACUUGAAAGAUUGCUUUCAUUAUUUUGGUGUGUUUCCUGAAGACAAUGUCAUUCCUGCUAAGAGAUUAAUCAACUUAUGGAUUGCAGAGGGAUUUUUAAUGCCACAUAAAAAUAUGAGUUUGGAAGAAGUGGGAGAGAGUUACUUGCAUGAUUUCAUUAAUAGAAGUCUAGUUCAAAUUAAUGAGCUAAGUAUUGACGGCAAAGUUAAAUCAUGUAAUAUUCAUGAUCGAGUGCACGAGGUUUGUGUUAGAGAAGCAAUUGAUGGGAAUACAUUGUGCAUUAUCAAUGACAACCAUGCUCUAAAAGCUAGUCAUUGGUUAAGCUGUCAAACAAGUCAUUGGCCAAUUACUCGAGUGAGUUAUGGGAAUUGCGGUCCUGAUGAAAUUCAUUCUGUUCUUUGCUUUGGUAAAGAUGUAUACCAUUCAAAAUGUAGGUUGGUAUACCCUUGUUUGAAAUUUCUAAGAGUAUUGGAUUUAUCAUUAGUUAAAUGGUCAAGAGGCAUGCCUAGCGAAGUAACAGACUUGGUUUAUUUGAGAUACUUGGCUUUAAGUACCAUUGGUUCUCUUUAUGAGUUUCAAUUUUUCAAGCUUAAGAAUUUGGUAACUCUCAUAGUUACUUCAUGGAUGGAAAAAUGUCCUUUGCAACUGCCAUGUGAUAUUUUGGAUUUGCCACAAUUAAGGCAUUUGCAUGUUGACAAGAGAUGUUCACAGUAUCUCCCUUGCUUCGUCAAAAAAGAUCUACAAACUCUUUAUUGGUUGAAAGUUACUAGCUACGACGAAAAACCAAACUUCGAAAUGGUUCCAAACCUAAGGGAACUUGGGAUUUUCAUUGAAGGCCAACUGGUACCUAGCUAUCUAGGGAACCUUGUGUAUUUACAUCUACUUGAGAAGUUGAAGUUUGAAGUAGGAAGAGUUGAGCGCUUUUAUCUACCAACAGGUUUUCCACCAAACCUUAAGAAGUUGACACUUCGGUAUACUUAUCUUUCAUGGAAGGAGAUUGACACAAUUGGUGAGUUGUCGCACCUUGAGGUGCUUAAACUAAAAGAUUUCGCUUUCUGUGGUUCAGAGUGGAAACCAUCAAAGUUGUGCUUUCGAAAAUUAAAGGCACUUCUUAUUUCACGUUCAAAUCUCAAACAUUGGCAUGCAAGUUCUAAUCAUUUCCCAGUUUUGGAGCGCCUAGUCUUGAGAUAUUGUUGGGAAUUGGAACAAGUUCCACUGAAGUUUGCAAAAAUUGGAGCAUUGAAGUUAAUUGUGUUAGAAUGUUGUUAUUCUUCUCUUGUGACGUCUGCAAAGCAGAUUUCUUCUGCAAAGAGGUUAUUGUUUGAGGGAAUGGCCGUUUGUCCACUUCGUGUUUGUAUAGUUGGAACUAAGGUUGAAUUGCCAAAUAAUGAAAGCUCUGAAGAAGAAAUUGUGGGAAGCUUGAAGAAGAAAGUGUGGAAAGCUAUGAAGAAGAAAGUGUGGAAAGUUCUAAAGAAGAAAGUGUGAAAUUUGUUGAAGAAUUAAGUGUUGGAAGCUCUCAUCAAGAAAGGUUUUAAGCUGUGAAGAGAGUAAUGAAAACUUUGAAGAUGAAGGUGUCGAAAUCCCUGGCAUUCAAAGAUUGAAGAGGAAAGUGUCAAGAAGAAGAAAGUGGCUAAGGAAUUUUUUAAUUUUGUGUUUAUUAUAAACUUAUGAAGUCCAAGGUAUGUAUGUAUAUAUACCUAUGAAACUUGUGAUUAAACUGCAUAUUAUCUUUUGCAAUUGCCUAUUACUUUCUUGUUUUAGUUAAAGAGUUCAUUCCAACAUUAACUCAUCAACCAGUGAAUUCUUCAAGUGCAGAAAGAUGCACCAAUAUAAGAUGAUGUUGUAUU